AUGGUUUUAGUCGGCGAUGCGACGCCGAUGCUCUGCUACGACGACGGAUCCAUCACGGAUCCCGAGGCGUUGCAGUCCAUGGACGGUGCUGGCUACCUCGCGUACGGGUACCAGUACAACUACCAGCCGCAGAUGCUGCUCGAGAAGGAAGCAUUGCUAGGGAACCACCCGUGGGCGAUCCCCAUGGCUGGGGUUCUCGGCGACGUGCCGGGCAACGCCACUGCGUUCGCGACCGACGGCGCUGUCUCCUCCUCGACCUCACAGUCGUCUGAGCUCACCUUCGACGGCCACGGCGAGGGGUACUGUGCCCCUUGGAUUGACGCAACGGACCAGUUCAGCUAUGGCCUGGCGCCGCGUCACCCGGCAGGCUCUGCCACCCCGGACUGCUUCAGCUUCGGUGGCAGCAACAGCAUGGCGGCCGAGGCCUCGCAGAAGCGGCCCCGUGCGCAUGCGCCGUCGCAGCAGCUGGGAGCAGAGCAAGAAACCAUUACUACUCCCAAGAAGCAGUGCGGCGGCGACAGGAGAGCGACCAAGCCCGCCAAGACGCCCACCGUGACCCCAACAACGGAGCCCCAAAGCUUAGCAGCAAAGAACCGCCGCGAGCGGAUCAGCGAGCGUCUGAGGGCGCUGCAGGAGCUAGUGCCCAACGGCGGGAAGGUGGAUAUGGUCACCAUGCUCGACAAGGCCAUCACCUACGUCAAGUUCAUGCAGCUGCAGAUCAAGGUGCUGGAGACGGACGCAUUCUGGCCAUCACAUGGGGGCAAGGCACCGGAGAUGUGCCAGGUGAAGGAGGCGCUCGACGCCAUCCUGGUCUCGUCGUCCUUGUCGCAACCAAAUAUAUCACGAUUGAACUAG